GGCCGCGGGACGCGCACCAUGGCUCUCAGCCUGCUGUGCCCGCUGCUGCGGUUCCUUGUACUGGGGCUCGGGCUGGCGCUGCUGUGCGCCGCGGCUGGGGAGCCGGUGUCAGGCACCACUCCGUGCUCUCGUGGAAGUUCUUGGAGCGCGGACCUCGACAAGUGCAUGGACUGCGCGUCGUGUCCAGCCCGACCGCACAGCGACUUCUGCCUGGGCUGCGCUGGGGCCCCUUCAGCCUCCUUUGGGCUGCUGUGGCCCAUUUUGGGGGGCGCCAUGAGCCUGGCUCUCGUGCUGGGGCUGCUUUCUGGCUUCCUGGUCUGGAGACAGUGCCGCAGGAGAGAAAAGUUUACCACUCCCAUCGAGGAGACCGGAGGGGAGGGCUGUCCUGGCGUGGCGCUGAUCCAGUGACAAAGAGUGUCCCUGGUCAGCAGGAAGUGGUGCCUACUCUUCACUCAUUCAUUCAUUCAUUCAUAGCCAGCUACUGCCGCCCAGACACAACCAGAGCCAGGCUGCUCCAAUCACGGGGGUGUGCAGACAUGGGAGACGGGUGAAUCACUUCUCUGAGGCCUGGAUCCAGAGUUCUGGCUCCAGGACAGAAAAGGAGAUCCAGGCCUGCUCACAUCAGAUAGCUGACAUUAAGAAGUGCAACAUUUGCAUAAGGGUCCCCUACCCUCAUGGUCUGGGGGUCAGGCUGAAGUGAGGGACAGACAGAACACCAUUCCCUGCCCAUUCAGAUGUGCUGAAAUCUCAGCACUGGGGUCUCAGCCGGGGGUGGUUUAGGGAUCUGUUCCUAACACUAGGGGGCUGGCCCUCUAGGGGGGCUGGGCCUGAGACACUGCACUCCCAACUCUCACAGAGGGGGGAGAUAUUUAUUUUGGGGAGAAAG